AUGGCCCACCAUCUACCAAGUGUCGUUUUGAUCGGUGUCCUGUUACACCUGGCAACUGGCCAACAGGGCGGUGUCCUGCGCGGUGGCAGCCCGUUCUUCGAUGAACCCGACGACUAUCUGAAGCAACGCACGCCAAACAGCAUCGAUGAGAUCUUCCUGCGGGCAGGCGAUCGGACCAGCGCCGAGGACUACUUCUGUCCGGAGUAUUGGAUAGCAUUCCGAGGGACCUGCCUGCGGGUGCAUAAGUCACCCCGGAAAAACUGGUUCAACGCGCAAAAGAUCUGCCAGGCGUACCAGGGUGAGCUGUUGAGCGUGGACACAAUCGAAAAGCACUCCUUCGUGGUGAAGCUGCUCGACCGGGAUGUGAGCAAACAGAACCGCUAUUACGUAUCCGCCCGCCAGGUGUCGCCCGGUAACUGGGUAAACGCGGACAAAAGCCAGCUGAUCUCGAUCGAGGACGCAAUCAACUUCGAGCUGAUCACGGAUUCGGAUGCGAGCGAUGAGUUUCAGUCUUACUUCGAGGGAGCGAAGGCGAAGAACACAAUCGAGCACGACGAUGCGGAUGAUCCACGCCGUUUCUACCAGUCGGACCGCUACCGGAACUUAAAUUACCUCGUGCUGGGCUUCAACAUGCACAAGGAGAAGUGGCAGUUCUAUCCGCUGAAGGGCGAGGAGCAGUUCCUGUUCAUCUGCGAGUCACGCACGCUGUACAGUGCGGACAACUUGAACACGCUACUGGAAGAUCGGCGGAAAUACGAUUACGGGUUGGAGCAGACGGACGUAGAGCGGAUCCCGCGUGGUCCGUACUUUAUCCGGCAGCCAGUCGACACGACGUACGACACGGGCAAGGCGAGCAUUACGCGUGAUGUAACGUUGAGCUGUCUGGCAGGUGGUUAUCCGACCCCUCGUUACACCUGGUACAAGGAGGAGUACGUGAAGGACAACCUCACGGUCAUACCGAUCGAUCCGUUACGAAAUGCCCGCCACACGGUGAGCGGUGGCAACCUGAUCAUCCACAACCCAUCACAGAAUCGCGAUCAGGGCACGUACCACUGCACCGCUCAGAACAUCUACGGGAAGGUGAUCUCGGAGAGUGUCCAGCUUAACUUUGGAUACAUUCUUGAGUUCAACCUGCAGCGGGCACCGGAGAAGGGCAAGGAGAACUGGGGAGAGGCGUUGCUAUGUGAGGAACCGCAGCAUUACCCGGAUGUCAAGUACUACUGGUCGCGCAACUACUUCCCUAACUUCGUGUACGAAGAUCAGCGCGUGUUCGUCAGCUACGACGGUUCGCUAUACUUCAGCUCUCUCGAGGCGAUGGACCGGGCGAACUACUCCUGUACGGUGAUGAGCACCGUCAGCGAUACCGGCCGGAACGGGCCAUUCUUCGAGCUGUCCGUUUCGCCCUCACCCCACUAUCAGGAUCUCAUAUUUGCGAAUACCUUCCCGAAAGCGUUCCCGAAGGUGCCACUCGCCGGCAAGGACGUCCGGUUGGAAUGCAUGACGUACGGCUACCCGGUGGCAUCGUACAACUGGACACGCCGAAAUGGCAACGUGCCGCGAUUGUCCCGGUUGGAGAACUUCAACCGCGUGCUGUUGAUCCAAAACGCGACCGUAAACGACAACGGCGAGUACAUCUGCACGGCCCGGAACGAGAAGAAAUCGAUCACGCAGAGCAUCUUCCUGAACGUGCAGAUGGAGCCAAACUUUACGAUACCGCUUCGGGACCGCACGAAGGACUUCCAGAGCUCGGUGUCAUUCCUGUGCGAAGCGUACGCGAUGCCUGAUGUUAACUACACCUGGUACAAGAACGGCGAGCUGAUGGAGGAAGACGACCGGGGUGGCCGAUUCAACAGGGACAAGUACACGAUCCAGGACAAUCUGCUCAAGAUCAACUAUCUCGAGCCGGAGGAAGACAACGGCAUGUACCAGUGCAAGGCGACAAAUCAGCUAAAGGGCGUCUACUCAGCGGCACAAUUGCGUGUCCUCAGCAUGAAGCCAUCCUUUAAAAAACACCCGCUCGAGUCAGAGAUCUACAGUGUCGCGAAUGGGAACACGACGAUCGUGUGCGAACCGGAAGCCGCUCCAACGCCCAAAAUCGUGUGGAAAAAAGACGGUAAUGUGAUUGGAAGUGGUGGUCACCGGAAGAUCUACCCCACAGGGACGCUUCACAUCUCACCAACAUCCCGCGAUGACGAGGGCACGUACACCUGCAUCGCCUCCAACACGCAAGGAAUGGCCGAAUCGAAGGCACGCCUCAUUGUCCUGCAGGAACUUCGUUUCACCGAACAACUACCCCCGAAGCUGAUCAAACAGAUCGGUGAGAUGUUGUUCCUGCGCUGUGACGUUACGUACGAUCAACUGCUGGAUGUCGCGUUCGUUUGGACCCACAACGGGCAGGUUCUAACCGGACAAGGGGAUGACGAUGACGAGCGUCGCUUCCAUCAACCAACCGGUCCAGCACCGGAAGGUGCUCGCAUUCGCAUUCACUACAACACACUCGAGGUGCACAAUCUCACGCUCGUGGACAGUGGCGAGUACGAGUGUAUUGCAAAGUCCUCCGUGAAUCGGAUCGUUUCACGAGCCACCGUUCUCAUUCAGGGUCCACCAGGCGCACCCGGUGCCGUUAAGGUGAUAGACAUUAAAAAAACGGAGGCACUGCUCGAGUGGACCAACGGCAAUGACAACGGGCGGGCGAUCCUUUAUUACAACAUCCUUGGACGCACCAACUGGAACAACACGUGGGUCAACGUAUCGACGCACGUGGUUGCGCAGGAAGCGGACCGUUACAAUGGCCGCCGUCAGGCGACCGUUACCGGACUAACGCCCUGGUGUGGGUACGAGUUUUCCGUCGUUGCGGUAAACGAUCUUGGUCUCGGUACACCAAGCUUACCGUCGCCUUUGCACAGCACCCAGAAAGAUCGUCCAUAUAUCGCACCACGGAAUGUCGGUGGAGGUGGUGGAAAGAUUGGGGAUCUCACCAUCACCUGGGAUGCGUUGAAACCAAACGAACAGAACAGCAUUGAUGUGCACUAUCGUGUGUUCUACCGGCUGCAUGGACAGCGUGAGUGGGCAAGCGACGAACUCCAGCGUCAGGGUAACACCGGUAAAGCCGUCAUUCACGUGCCAACGGACAAGUACUACACACGGUACGAGGUGAAGGUACAAGCCGUGAACGAUCUCGGUGUCGGUCCAAUCAGUGAACCUGUCGAGAUCUUCUCCGCUGAGGAUAUGCCGCAGGUUGCACCACAGCAAACCAUCGCACGAAGCUAUAACUCGACCGCACUGAACGUCACGUGGGUGCCGGUUUCACAGACACGCGAAUCCAUCCGCGGGAAGCUGAUCGGACAUCGGCUAAAGUACUGGAAGAAGGAACACCACGAGGAGGACUCGGUGUACUAUCUGUCACGCACGACACGCCCGUGGGCGCUGAUCGUCGGUCUCGAACCGGAUACGUACUACUUCGUGAAGGUGAUGGCGUACAACGCCGCUGGCGAGGGUCCGGAGAGUGAGCGGUACCUCGAGCGAACGUACCGGAAGGCACCACAGAAGCCACCGUCCUCGGUGCAGAUCUUUGGCAUCAAUCCAUCCACGAUCAAGGUCACCUGGCGGUAUAUCGCACCGUCACAGGAUGAGGAACCGGUGCAGGGGUACAAGAUCCGUAUCUGGGAGAAGGAUCAGGACAUGUCGAGUGCCAACGACACGAUCGUGGCGAUUGGGCGCAAGUUGGAGAAGUACAUCGACAAUCUGACGCCUGGAAAAUCGUACAACUUACGUGUGCUGGCUUUCAGCAACGGUGGAGAUGGACGCAUGUCGAGUCCUCCGAUCCAGUUCCAGAUGGGCAUCACUCAAACCCCGCUGAACGGUGCGACGAGUCUGUACGUUUCCCUCGUUACGUUGGUCGCCAUGUUGGGCGUUUUGUUGUGUCUCCCGUAGCUAUCUGGCCGCCGUGCCUUGUCCGUGCCUUGAUCGACGCCCUGGGGAGGGGAAGGGAGAAGGGAAACGCCCCGAUCCUGCAGGGCAUUGGGAGAAUCUGGAGACGUCGAGUAAAGGAAAAAUUCGAGUUGUCUUCUCGAUCGGUGAAAACCCUCCAUUCUAGUGUAAAGUAGGCUAUCAAUAAUUUUAGGCGAAGGAUACACGAGUCAGUGUAAGGUGAGAGGCAGCAGGUUGGCUUAAGGAGGGAGGAAGAAAGCGAUAUACACGCGCAGAGGAGGUAUUACAAGGAGGAGGUGGUUUUGAAAGAAAGUAUUUUGAAAUAGUAACUUAGAUUAACGCAAGUAUUUACACCAUCCGUCCAUACCGAGCGUAACCCGUAAGAGAUGUUCCGUCCAAACGCAAGUACGUCAAGUACUGAAGAAGACAAUGUUUUUAUCUAAUUUACAAAGUAGAGUAAGUCGAGCUAAUAAAAAAUGAGAUGUCGAGGUUGGCAGCUACUUCAUUUUGAUUUUAUCUACACCUCUGGCAAGGGUGUAACUUUCGUUUUUUAUCAAUAAAAGCAUCCAAAGCCGUUGCCAGAUUAUUUCAAAGAACGCUGUAUGUGUCCAUAAACAAAUUUCUUGAUCUUUUGUACAUCUGCAGUUGCUUACCAUAAAUAAA